UAAGUGUACCGAGAGAGCCUAAACAAAAUGGCGGAUAAUGUGAACUGUAUCAAAACGGCGUCAAAAAUCGAUAUUYAUCACUUUGAUAAGGAGUAUAUCGACAAAGUUUUACAMUUCCAGAUAUUGAAAUUAGAAGAUACUUUAUUCUUUUGGAUUGGUGAUGCCAAAAACUCGAUGUCAAACUUAUGUGUGGCUGUGAACACUAAAUAUGAUGCCACUCCCGCUGUGACAGCACUUCUAGGAGAUCCAAUCAAUAUAACUUGUAGUUCUCUGGCACAGCGACUUGCAAAGAAAACUAAAAAACAGUGUUACAUCAGUUACAAUGGUUCACUGGAUAAAGGCUUACUUGCUUUUGUUGAAAACACAAUUUUACAAGAAAUGAAUGGAAAUCCACAACAUUUCUAAUCUCAAAUGCAAAGUGUUGGGAAUGGAUCCAAAAUACUCCAUCUACAAAAUAGGAACUGAAUAUUAYAAUUUUAUAUGGUUAAUAAUUAUCACUCAGUGAGAUGAUGGAAUCAGWCUAGAACAUGUACCAAUUGCCAGUAGAAGUUUUUUAAUAACCCCAAUCAAUUGUUUUGGCAUUUGUAAUUAUAUACAUAAAAUAUGCAAUAAACUAAGACAAAAGUAAUAUAUGCUAUAUUUYUAUUUAAACUUGGAUAAAUAAUAUGAAAACACGUUAGAAUAUAUUUGAUAUUCAUUCAUACAAUCAUUGCUUGGAGGGUCGAUACAAGGUCAGUGAUGCCAUGUGGUUGUUGGCCAUUACCU